CUACCCCAUCGGCAACGUCAGUAAUGUUAUGUCUGUCCGUUUGGUCGCACAAGGUUUGGUCUCCAUCUAUCUCCCCGGAAAGGACAGUCCUGUCUAUGCUUAUGCACGCCGACAUUCGCGGAAGGCAUACAUUUACUUCAAAGUAUGAGUUGACUGACUCGUACGAAGUCUCCUAUGCUCGUAUUCGCUUGCAGUGCCAUCCAGUCAGCUUUGGGCAUGCCCGUGGUGGCGCAGAGACUUUCUCACAAAUGUGAAAUUUCAGGCGGAAUCGUGGCUGAAACGGCCAACGUCAGGGGUGAAGUUGUCGUCCAUGUUGCUCAAUAUGGGAGAAAUGGAUCUGGAAAGAGCAUUCACACCAGCUCAUUCUCUGCCUUCGACAAGCUUAUAUCCCCAACAAGUCACCGCAUCUACCUCUGGCGAAGGAAAACGACGACCUAUGGAGGCGGGUAGCACUGGCAUCCGAUAUGACACUGUGACCGAGCUUAAAGAUGUUGAACGGAUGCGCCAUGAUAUUAUGAGCAACCGUGCAAAGUUUUGGGGGCUUCCGCCGCUGCUGUUGCGAGUGCCAUCUCAUACCACGUCGGGCGAACCAGAAUCAGCGUUGCCAGUGUAUAUAUCGUCGCAGCCAUCAAUGAGCUAUUCGAGUCGUGGACAGAAUGAGCCCCACACUGAGCCGACAUACCCAACGUCUCCAGAUGAUAAUAUGCUCGCAGGCUUGGCGCGCUACGAUGAGGCGUCGAGCAACGACGAUGAACCUUUGCUUGGCGACAGUUGUACCAUAUCCACGUUGUCUACCGUCGAGUCUGAAGGGGAGGCAUCCUUCAUCAAUGAGCCGUUUUCACCACCCAACACGUCUAAUGUCGAGUGUGUGGGAUAUCCGGACGUACCUAUAUCGGAACUCGUCCGAGGUCUUGUGCGUGACUUCCUGCCCACAGCCAGAACACUGAUGACCGACGGUCCGGAUACCUCGAUCUCCUCGGCUUCCAUUACAGCCUCUAAAGGCGAGACGAGCUAUGGAUCCGGGAGCGAAUGGACAUCGCUAACGACCUUGUCGAAAAGAGUUCGAUCCAGUCAGGACGACGGCGACGACGACGACGAAGAACUUGAAGGAGGGCGGCGACCAAAAAGGACCCCGGCCCAGGGAGAUCGAGGUCGACCCUUCCUCAACGGAACGACUUCUUCUGGCUUGUCCUCAUGCCAAGUAUGAUCCUGAGAGGUAUUCCGAGAGAAACACAAAUCCGGCCGAAGCAUCGUAUCACAAGUGCGCUAGCAAAAUACUGACCAGUAUAGCUCGGCUGAAGCAACACCUAUACCGGGUCCAUCGUCGGCCGGAGCAUUACUGCUCGUCAUGCUAUGCAACCUUCAAGAAUGAGGAAGACCGG